AUGUCGAUCAAGAACUCCAACAAAAUUCUACCUGACCUAUCCAAACUUGAGCCACUUGAUGGAACGAAUUACCACCCUACCACUUCAGCAUCUUCUGAUCCAGAAUCAUCCACAGGGCCUUCUGUUACUUCCGCUGACCAAGUAAAGAAGAACCAAGUGAACGAUCUUGAAAAGUAUGCAAAGGAUAACAACACUGUUCGUGGACAUAUGUUGAACCACAUGUCAGACCCGAUGUUUGACCUAUUCGUAGUUCAAAAAUCUGCCAAGGACAUCUGGAGCACCCUGAAAUCUCGGUAUGGAGGAGAUGAUGAUGGACGAAAGAAAUAUGUUGUCGGAAAGUGGCUGCAGUUCCAGAUGACUAACGACAAGCCAGUUGUGGAACAAAUACAUGAGUACGAGAACCUGGUGGCGAACAUUCUAUCUGAAGGCCUGAAGAUGUGUGAAAUACUUCAAGCAAAUUUCCUGCUCGAGAGGUUUCCUCCAUCAUGGAAUGACUACCGUAAUCACCUUAAGCACAAGAAGAAGAAUCUGAAACUUCAGGAACUCAUCAGUCACAUGCGCACAGAAGAAGCCAACAGACUGAAAGAUAAGUUAGCCUCCAAAAAUUUAAAUUCAGUUAUUGCUAACUUGGUUGAAUCUUCUAUUGUAAAUAGACACAGAACCAAGCAGGAUAAAGGACAUAAGGGGAAAAACUCAGAGAAAAGACAGUUCAAGGCUCCUAGGGGACAAAUCAAGAAGAAAAAACUAGUUUGUUAUGUGUGCGGAAAGGAAGGACACAAAUCAUACCAAUGUAACCAAAGGAAAUGGAGACCAAACCAGAAACCAACACCUCAAGCCAAUCUAGCAGAACAAGAUAAUGAGGUCAUAGCAGCCGUAGUGGAGGCCAGCCUGAUAGAAAAUAAGACUGACUGGAUUCUUAUACUAGAGCCUCGAGACACUUUUGCACCAACCGAGAACGUCUCCAUGACUACGAAGAUACUAUUGAUAAAGAAUGCGUAUUCAUAG